CUACUAAUCGCCCUCCUAUACUCCAUACUCCCUUACUACCUCACAUACAACAACAAUCACCCUCACAAAACACUCCCCUCACAGACACCUAAUACAAAUACUCCAUAUCCACCUCAUCCAACCCAAGAAAUCACCAAACCAAAAUGUCCGAAUCCACCGCCGAAGCCGUCCCUCCCCCACCAACAACCUCAACUCAAAACUCCGACGCGCAAGGCCAAUUCUCCGCCGCAGUGGACGAUCUUCUCGACCAGCUACAACAUAAAUUCGAUGGUGUUUCGCGGGAGAUGUUUGGGAAGUUGGACGAUAUGGCGAGACGGUUGGAUGAGUUAGAGGCUUCGUUUACGGUUGUGGAUGGUACGACGACGUCCGGGGGUGGUGGUGGUGGUGCUGCUGCGUCGCAGACGGGGACGGGGUCGGUGGUGGGGAGUGUGGCUGGGAGUGGGAGUCCUGAGAAGUGAUUGAUCAAAUGAUUGAGAGUUAAUCUUGUGGGAUUUGCUUGGGGUUAUGGUGUUAUCGGACUUGGGUUUCUGUUCAUAUUGGGGGUGGAUUUACUCUUUCGUUUUCUAUGAAUUAGGGGGUGAUGGUGAUAUAUACUGCUGGGUUGUGGUGAUUUGAGGUGGAAUGUGAAGAUACCCUUUUUACUGUCAAUUUACAUCUACUAUAUACUCUUAUGUUCUUGUGUAUACAUACAUGGGAAUGGGAAAUGGAUGGUUUACUGUUCGCAU